UGCUCAUCUGUUUAUCUUCAUGUCAUUUUCUCAACUAGAAUUAAUCGAUAGCUCAUUAAUAGGCUGAUAUAUAUGCAUAUGUACAUGUGCGCUUGUUAUUUAACCAAACUUUUUAGGAUUAUUCAAAUACAAUUUGUGAUAACCAUUCUAAUGAAGGAGUAUAUUAGUAAUUAAUAAGUCUAUAUAUAAUUUUAGUAAUUGAUAUUAGCAUGCAUUUUAACGCUUAAGAAAGCCACCAGUAAAAUAUUGUCAGGUUUUUAUCAAGAUGGACAAUAAUCACUGGGAGGAAUACAACACAUCAUAUUAUUUUCGUUUAUCAUUUCUAAUAUGCAAAUGGAAAUAAAAUCUAAACAUUUAAAAAAGAGAAUAUAAUCACUUAUGAUAAGUGUAAAGGACACUAUAACCAGGUCUGAUAUUGGCGUUAAAAAACAGAGUGGAAUUAUUUCAGAGGAGAUCAAGAAGCCUAAUCAAUAUACACCUGUGAAUAUUAAGAGAAUAAAUCUAUGUUUAUGUAAGAAAUCCCAGUUGUCAGUAUCAUCCUCACGUUCUUCAUCUGCAACUUCAUCAUCCAUUUCACCGAAUUCCGUGCUGAUACCUUCAUCGGAUUCUGUAUCUAUAUCUGGAUUAUAUCGAAAUAUACCUGAUAGUGUUAAUAAUACUGAUACUAAUGAUGAUAAUAGUAUUAAACACUCUUGCACAGAUAAAAAUGUCUCUAAUCCUCGUAGACAAUUAUUCAACAAAUUUCAACUGGAUAAACCAUCAUGGUUUACGCUUAAUAGUGUUAGACGUAAAAGGCAUUCCGAUAAGAUGAUUAAAACACGCUCUGAAUUUCCGAUAGUCGAACAAACUUCAUGCACGCAGACAAUACUGAACUUGUUGGACAGUGUCGGUCCACAUCAGUUAUGUUCUCUACUGAAUGAGGUAAUCCAUGAAUUAUUCAGUACAAGUCAUUUUAUAUCUAUUCAACGACUUGAUUCCUCUGUGAAGAGCUUGAUCAAAGACUUUUUGAAUCAAACAGACAAUGAUUCAUCUGUUUCGCUGAAUCGAAGAAAGAAGAAAUUAAAUCUUCAAAGGAAGUCAAAUAAUAAAUCUACUCAAAAUAAAACAAGUGACUUCUUCAUUUUUAGUACGGACCAUGAAUCGGGAUCAUCGAAAAAUAGUGUGAAGAGUUUUGUUGUCAAGUUGGAUCAUGUUAAGAAUGUGGAGUUACGUGAUUUGCUACUUUUGGAAAGACAAACCAUUGGUGUACCAAAAUUCGUUGUCAUUUGCUUAGUAGGUGAAAAUGAAACUUGGGAAAAUGGAAUUCUGAUCUCUUUUUGUCUGACGAAAUUUCUAACCAACGAUAGAAAACUGUUAGAAAUGUUCACAGUUAAGUUGCACACACUAACUGUGACGACGACAUCAAUGACACUGAGAAAAGGUCUUGCGCAGCCUAUAAUGAAAUGUCAGUUCGAUACAAAGAAUGAUACCUCAAACCCAAUACAAGAGCAAACAUGUUUCGACUUAGUCAAACUUUCUCAUGACCUACUUCAGCAGAUGACUCAAAGAACCGAUUACUCACAUGGUGUUUUAAUGUUCAGCACAGAUGAUUCAGAUAAAUUAUUGUGCAUAGCUUCAUCAAAUGAUCUAUUUGUCGGUGAACAGACAGUACAGAUUCAGAAAUCAAUUUUCGAAACGCAUUUGACUUCUUGUGAAAAUUCUGCUAUAUACGAAAUAGAAGAGAUGACCUUGACAAAUAUCCUUCAAAAUCUUUUCAAUGAAAAAAGAUGGAACUUAUACAAAUCAAGUUCAAAGAAAUCAUGUUUCCUAAUGAAUUUAGGUUGUUUACCUUAUAAUUAUCAUGUACAGGAUACUAAUUCUCAUCUUAUGAUAAAUACAUCCAAUAAUUUGAACAUAAAUUUUUAUUUAGUUGCUUAUUUAUGGUCGAUUUGUACAAAUGAAAGUUCAAAUAGUGUAAAUGAUUGCCUGAUGAAUUCAAGAAAUGAAUAUUCGCAAGUCAAUAAUCUUUUAACUUUGUACAGACAAGAACUAUCUGAAGCCUGUAGACUAAGAUAUUUAUUUGAUUGGAAUAUACUCAAUCAGAAUCUUCGCAAAGAAAUGACAUAUUUUAGUCAAAUUGAUGGUGAAUCAAAUUUGUAUGAAAAUGUUGCUGAUAGUCUGAAAAAAUUCAUCAACUAUGACAGUAUAUCAAUUUAUCAUUUUGAUAAAAAUGAACAAGAAUGGAUUGAAGAAUUAAAGCAAUAUCCAUUGGAAAAGCAAGUACUGCAUAAACGAAGAUGGAGUAAGCCAUCAUGGAUAUUCAAGAGUUUAUUAAAACAAAUGGAAGUCAACAACCAUGAGGAAAUAUUCAAAUCUGAUUCAGUAGACAUCAUCACAAAUUUUAUCAAUCAACUUGAUUCAAAUGUGUAUUUGAUUGAUUUUUCAUCUUAUGGAACAAACCUUUCAACUAUAAUUGAACUAAGUAAACACGACAAGAAUGAUAGAUUUUCAAGACAUGACAGAUAUUUACUAUCACACUGUAUUACCGGUUUUUUAUCUGUUCUCUUGCAUCAAGUUAACCUGAAGUGUGAUUUACUUGUCAUGAGGAAUAGAAAUGAGGUUAACACAGAAAUGGUCGCCUAUCAUAUGAAAGUUUCACAAGAUGAGGUUACAGAAUUAGCCAAUAGCAAAGCUAGAUGCCUAACCGAACUUCAUCCGGACUUCAACAAAAUAACUUUCCUCACAAGAAGUGUGCAAGAAAAGGAUUCCACAGAGGCUAUAAUGAUUAUGUUUGAAAAUCUUGGUUUUAUUACUCAAUGGAAUAUUCAUCGAACUACUUUGGCAUGUUUUAUUUUAACUGUGAAAAAAAAUUAUCGUACACCAACUUAUCAUAAUUGGAUGCAUGCAUUCACAGUUGGACAUAUGGCAUAUCUAGUAUUGACUGUAGAAUCACAAUUGACAAAUCAGUAUUUGAAUGAACUGGAACGGUUAGCAUUAUUUGUCGGUGCAUUAUGUCAUGAUAUUGAUCAUCGUGGAUUUAAUAAUAGUUAUCAGAUGUUAACUAAGUCACCUUUAGCUGCUCUAUAUGGUCACAGGGGAUCAGUUCUGGAACAUCAUCAUGUUGAUCAGACUAUGAGAAUUUUAAGUCUAGAGGGCUGUGAUAUUUUUAGUCAAAUGAAAAAAGAGCAAUAUGAACGAAUGAGGGGUUUAUUGAAGCAAAUCAUUUUAGCUACAGAUCUAUGUGAGCAUAUUGUGUUGAUGCCAACAAUCAUUCAGAUGACAAAUCAAGCGUAUAAUCCCUGUAAUGAGAAACAUCAUGAAUUAUUUCUCUCUCUUUUAGUCACUGCAUGUGAUUUAAAUGAUCAAUGUAAAAAUUGGUAUAAUACACGUGAAGCGGCAAAACUGAUUUACCAUGAAUUUUUUAUUCAAGGUGAUUUCGAAAAAUCACAACAAUUAACUCCUCUGCCUUCAUUGGAUAGAAAUAAAGCUUUUAUACCAGAACUGCAGAUAAACUUCUUGGAAUCUAUAGUUCUGCCUUGUUUUAAAGCAUUAUCCAGUAUACUACCUAAUUUUCAAUCAAUCAUUAAUACAAUUGAGUAUAAUCAACAAAUCUGGAGGAUGCUUUCAAAAAUGGUUGAAAAGAAUGAAUUAAAUGAUUAUACCAAUGAAUUAUUAUUUCAUGGUCAAUAUGAUAAAUUCAUUGAAGAUUAUAUUAAUUUUACAAAAUAACAAAUAAAUGUAUAUAAGUAAACUCUGUAUAAUUUAUUUAUUAUUUUAUUUUUAUCUAAAUAUAUAUAUAUAUAUAUAAUAUUAUCUUUAGAAGGUGGAAAAUAUCAGCUAUAAUGAUGAUAUUUGUAAAGAAAUAUAAUUCAUGAUAAUAUUUUCCAGUUGACUAGAUAAGAAAAGUGAACACUUCUAAUCUCAUUUACUUAGAAUAUAAUAAGAGUAUAAAUGAAAAUGAGAAAAGAAGGUGAAAAUAUUGAAAACUGAAAUAAAACAAUUAUUAAAUUAUUGAUCAUAUAAAAUACUUAACCAUAAAAAAUAGCAAACAUAUCCAUUCAUGAAAUGUAAAGAUUAUUUACUGAAGUUUUAAUUUAUACAUUGUUCUCAUUUGGUCUUUCUUGUUAUUUGUAUUCUUUUAUUUUCAUUUGCCUACCUCUAACUGACUGAUCACUUCUAUCCAAUCGAACUAUACAUCGGAAAUGCAUAUAUAUAUGUAUAUAUAUAUAUAUAUAUAUAUAUACUGUUGUAUUCUUGAAAAGCAAUAGCUAUUUCUGUGAACAUUUUCAUGAUCCUUACUCCUAUCAUUUUUUGUUAAAAAAAAGGAAAUUAAUUUUCUCUGUCUUACUUUUACAAAAUAUGCAUAAACUAAGUUUUAUUUGUGCAUAAUAUGAAUCAGAGUUAUUCAGUUUCGAGUUACUUUAUGAUGAUACAUAACACAAUGGUGUAUUUUGUCAAUGUGUAAUUUUCUUCACAUAUUUAUGUGUUUUCAAUUGUUUACUGUAAUUUAUUUACAUAAAUUGUAAGUAAUCGAUUUCAAUCAAGUUUUUUUUUGAGUUUAGAGGUAGUAUUCAUCAUGGAAUAACAUGAGUUGGGGAACCAUUAAAAAUUUG